AUGACCAUUGGAAAGCAGUAUAAACAUACUCAAAUCAAUAAUAAUGCCGAAAAUGCACAGGAGAGGUUCACCAUUAUCACCCACUAUAAAGCCUCAAGCCAGUGGACGUACAGUUGUCCUGGUGCUGAGAAAGACAUGAUAGCGCUGCUACUGCUAGAACUCAUUACACCGAGUUUGGCAUGUUUUGGGGGCUUCUUCGGCGGCUCUGGAGGCUCACGAUGUUGCCCAUGUUGCUGGCAACCGUCAGUCCCUCGUUGUGGUGGAGGAGCUUCAGUCAUGUGUGGUCCGAACGGAAUGGGGGGAAUGGGAGGUAUGGGAGGAAUUGGAGAAUUGGGAGGAAUGGGAGAUUUGUGGGAAGUGGGGCUUGCGGGACUGGAGGGAUUGGAUGCACUGUCGGCAUUAGAAGACCUGUUUAAAGGCAACAAUAGAUGGAGAUAUAGAAGAUUCGCUAAAAUCGCUUCGAAUCCUUCGAUUGAUGCACAUCCAGCAAAGGCAUCACUACCACCAUCUCCAUCUCCGUAUCCAGAGCCGUUGAGAACGGGAUAUGACAGUCUCACGGGGCCAUCACGUUCUAUAGAAGGAACCUCUGGAAUCGGCAAAGAAGGUUAUAUCAGCCCUCAGAUAGAAGUUUCGGCUGCAGCAAUACCACAAGCAACUGUGGUACAGCCAGUAUAUGAAAUGCCGAUGUCCAUACCAGUACAACAACCAUCAGAACGUGUUGUUGAACCGAUAGAACCGAUACAAAUUACUUAUGAGAUGACUUCUGUAGGAACUGGACUGAAACCAACUCAAGGCAAUCCUGAUCACGCGAUCAUGAGAUAG